UGAAGAUAUAUGGGGCGGGAGAUGAUGAGGUAAGGCAAGGAGGAAAAGCCAAGCGAAGAAGGGGAACAAGUAAAGGAGAGGCUGUCUCUCUCUUCGUUGGACCGAUUCGAUUCAGUCGCAUCUCUCUCUCUCUCCCUCCCCCUCUCUUUCUGUUUCUCCCUCUGCAUAGCAACAAAGGAAAAGAAGGGAAAAGAAAAGUAUAUAGGUGAAAACAAAGCGAUAGAUAGAUAGAGAGAGAGAGGACGAGAAAGUAGAGGAAGCAUGAUGCUGGGCGCCAGGCCGCUUCUUGUACACGUUGAAAUUCAUUGAAUUCUUUCGUGUAUAUAUUGGGUUUUGUCCCUUCGCAGAGCCCGCCUUGCUUUCGCCAUAACUUGUUUCAUCGUCUUUCUAUCCCUCUCUCUGAAUAUUGCUCAUCGGACAGCAAUGGCGGUCCAGGCUCAGCACCCUUCAAACGUGCUCUUCCUAGAAAGGAGCGUGCAAGAAGGGAAGAACCCGCCUAUCGACUAUUCCUUGCAGUUGCAGCCACAGCCCGGCGGGGGAGGAGGAUUUGUUGAUCAGAGCCACCAUCAGAUGAUGAUUCUCAGAAACGGAGUGGGAAGUAAUCCGCGUAAGAGGGGAAGAGAAUCGUCGGUAUAUAAUCCGCUCCGCAUCCAACAAUCUCAGCUAAUCGAUGUGUUGACCGGUCUCCGGUUAGCCUCCGGCGAACAACUACAACAGCAACAGAACUUGAGCCGGCAAGCUUUUUCUUCUCCUCAAUCUUCGCUUUUAUUAUCAGUCUUAUCGGAAGAUUUUGCGGCCCCAAUCAGGCAGCAGAGAGAUGAAAUCCAGCAAUUUCUUCAAGCCCAGGGAGAGGAGCUGCGGCGCAUGUUAGCAGAGAAGCGGCAGAGGCACUACCGUGAGCUGCUGGGGGCGGCGGAAGUGUCGGCGGCGCGUAGGCUAAGGGAGAAGGAUGCCGAGUUAGAGAAGGCCGUGCGGCGGAACGCGGAGCUGGAGGCGCUGGCAGCGCAGCUGAGGGCGGAGGGUCAGGCGUGGCAGACGCGCGCGAGGGCGCAGGAGGCUGCGGCGGCGGCGCUGCAGGCGCAGCUACAGAAGGUCGUGAUGAGCGGCGCCGGAGGGAAGCAGGCGGUGGAGUUGGGCGGAGGAGAGGCGGAGGACGCAGAAUCGGCGUACAUUGACCCGGAGAGAGUGGAAGCGAUGGGAAGCGGGCCGUGUUGUAAGGGUUGCAGGAAGCGGGCGGCGACGGUUGUGGUGCUGCCGUGCCGCCACCUCUGCCUAUGCGCGGAAUGUGGGGUGGUGGCGCAAGCUUGCCCUCUCUGCCUCACCGUCAGACAGUGGAUGCUUGAGGUGGUCACCUCUUAAUGGGCCCAACCCAAAAUCAACACAGGCCUAUCUCCCAUUGGGGCCCAAAUUUAUCUGUUUUUUUUUUUUUUUUUGGAUUUUGGGGAUAAUGUACAUGAUCUUGGUUUUUUGUUUUUCUUUUCUUUUUAUUGAAUUCAAAUAUAAAUUCUUUUAUUUGAUAA